AUGUCUAUCAGAACAAUGCAAAACUGGAUAUCAACCAUAGAGAUCUCAGUAUUUGUCAUUUCUUGUGCUAUCUUGAAUGGUGUAAAAGGUGUUGAAGGCAAUUCGACUAAUUUUAACUGUUCACGUUAUCAAUUUGUUUACAAACCAAAAAAGAGUUGGUCGGACAGUUCUAAAGCUUGUAGUGGAAAUAAUGGUACCCUAGUAUGCAUUGAAACUGAAGAGGAGUUUAAGUACAUCAACAGCGUGAUAGGUAUACAGAAAAAAACUGAAUGGUUUAUUGGUCUGAAAAAGGUCAACGGUCAGUGGCAAUGGCUUAAUGAAAAAGCAUUAUUGAACUGGGGGAAAACAGGACUAUGGCCGUGGAAACAAGGCAGUCCAUCUGACCUCAAGAAUGAUGAUUGUGCAAAGAUGUGGAAUCUUCACGGAAAGGACUUCCGUUACGAUGAUAUACACUGUACAAACGAACAAGAAAGAGGCUACAUAUGUGAAUACCCAAAUGCGAUUUUUGAAGAAUGUAUAAGCAACAAGUCAUUGCAAACAACAUCGACCUUAAAGACAACCAAAGGCGCUCAAAUCACGAAAAACACUGAAACAGCAGCAACCUAUUCAUCAGCGUCGACGACAACAGCCCAAUCAAAUUUCAGACCGCUGGAGACAACAAGGUCGACAACGUCUGCACGAAUAGUGAUUUCAAUGACAAAUGGUGUACAAGCUGUCCAGGGAUCCAGCACCAGUACACCUCAGACUACGCAGGAAAGUUCAGGUUCUUCUACACAACGCACUGCCACAAUACACAUCGCGCCAUCAUCGGCGAAAAUAUCAUCCUAUAGAAAAGCGUCAACAACGAGUCGAAAUCCGACAGAGAAAAGAUCAGGUUCUUCUAAACAACGUACUCAUCCAAUACGCGUCGCUCCAUCAUCGGCGAAAACACCACCCAAUAGAAAAGCGUCAAAAACGAGUCGAAAUCCGACAGAGAAAAGAACAGUCGUUCAUACAGGAGAUACGCAGCAAAAAGACGAAUUCCCCAUUACAUACCUCGCCAUUGCGCUUGCUGUUCUCUUACUGUUCUUGAUCUGUAUGUUGGUAGCGAUAUACUGCUGGAAGAAUAAAAAGAAAGCUUCAGAUAAAGCUGGAGUUUCUGAGGAAGAUGGAAUGCAAUCUCCAACUACAACAGACGUUAGUGGUAUCAUUAAAAGCAACUCUUUCGUGGCGUUCAAAAUGGUCCACAAUAACUUGGCUAAUUCAAAACCAACCAGUGCUAAACCAACCAAUGACUCCUCACCAACAGACGGUACCUAUGAAGCUGUUUGUCUUAAAAAUGAGGAAAUGAACUUAAAGAGAACCAUAGAUAGUAAUGUAACAUCUGAAACAGAGAAACAAAAUAUGAAUGAGGUCCCGGAAAGUCCCACAUCGCACCAUAACCAAAAUGUAGAAGUCGUCUACGCUUCAGUUGAUAAGUCAGCUAAGACGAAGAAAGGAAACCAAGAGMCACAGGUCACCUAUGCAGACCUGGCAUCAUUCAACAAUAACGAGGAGACCGUUGUCCAUAUGCCACCACACUACCAGCCUGUCCAAUAUGCUGAGAUUAUCGGCACCAAGAAGCCCAAAGGAAAAUAACCAAACACACUAUACUACUAAUAUGGCGGCAAUUKACCAUACAACCGCMAUCUUGAACUUUGUCGAAAUUAUGGGAUGCCCAACGGCAACAGUUUCUUGUAGAUUUUAUAGUUUGAACUAUUACUUCAAAAUGUACAAAUAUAUUUGGCUAAUAGAUGAUSGUAUAGCAUUUCCAAGAGAUGUAGAAAUUAUACCGAAUAAGUAGCUGUUUCCUACGACGAACCUUGUUAUAAUAAAACCUUGCAUUGCAAGUCGUCGACGCGCAUGCUCAAGAGAAAAAACAUCGAAAAUAAACGCACAGACGAGUUUCAGAUUAGAUUAUCCUAUAUCAUUAAAGCUGUAAUAAAUAAAAUAUCGCUGUAUUCUUUGGAACAUAAUAAAAA